UCGCGUUCAGUUCGCCAAACCUAUUGAGACUUCAAAAAGUUCCCCCUUGAUUCAGCAAACGCCAAGGGCACCGAUCCGAAAUGAUGCGCCUGUUGCUUCUGCCUCUGUUCCUCUUCACGCUGUCGAUGGCCUGCAUGGGGCAGACCUUCCAAUACUCCCGUGGCUGGACGAAUGGCAAACGAGCUCCCUUGUCCGGCCCACUGCUGAGUAGCGGACAUUUCCAGCGUGGCGACGAGCAGCUCGCCAAUCUGUACGACUUCCAGGAGAACGAACGCAAGCUGGAACGCUGUUUGGUGCAACUGCAGCGCUUUGUGGGCAGCAAUCUGCAUCGAUCCUACGCAGGAGCAUUAGCCUACAACGCCAACAAGCCCGACAUCGGCAGCCUCAACGCCCCCGCUCGCCCCAGCGCCAAUAAUAACAAUAACGAUAACAGUUUAUAUGCGAGUCCCCAUCAUCAAUCAAGCGAGCUGUAUGAGGAGCUCAAUGCGGCAGCGGCUGCGGCGGCAGAGGCUGGGGGUCCCCCAUCGGAGCCAAACGAUUAUAACAAACAUUAAAGGGGUUGAGCGGAUGGAGAGCAGAUGGAUGGAUUGGAUGGAUUGGAUGGAUUGAAUCGAUAAUGGCACAUUGAACUGCGCUCUGGAGGCUGGCAGUGGCGUAGACGCGGAACGUUUCUGAGGAUAUUAGCAGGAAAAUGCUACAAAAAUGCAACAAAAAAAAAAAGAAAAAAAAAAAGAAAGAGGAAGUUAUCUAGUAAUUAUGUUAUAUUGUAAAUCUUGAGAGUGGCGUUGGAUAUUUAUUAAUUAUAUUGGCGGCUCAUUUCCAUGCCCGGCGCUGUCGCCCAUCAAAUAUUCAUGUAAAGGAAAGA